AUGCAGUUCUCUUCCGCCCUCAUCCUUGCCUCCGUCGCCGCUGUUGCCGUUGCCCAGAAGAACGGUACCGCUGGUGCCGCUGCCACCACCGGUGGCGCCGUCGUCGGUGGCCACAACGGUACCUCCGGUGCCGCCGCUGGAGGCAACUCCACCUCCGGCAACUCUUCCGCCAAGCCCUCCAACCACAACGAGAACGGUGCCUCCUACUCCAUUGCCAACGCUGGCAUUGUCGGUGCCGCCGUUGCUGGUGCCGUUGCUCUCAUCCUCUAA